CAACCAACACCUGAACUGCUGCUUGCUUCUUCUUGACCAGGGAAAGUGUUCCCUGGUCCCAAAGAAGACGCCGUUCGAUUAUUGCAGCAUCACUUGGAAACAUGGCAUCACCACCCAUCAUCGACAGCGAAUGCUACGGCGAGCAUGAUCCAAAGGAUGCGUUGUCGGGCCAUUCGACGCCCUCAAUGGCAAGGUCGCAUUCGGAUUCUGGAUCUGGAGGAAGCUCUGACAUAAGGACGCCUGCCGACGAGAUGCCACCGUCCAAAAGGGUCAAGGGCGACAGUGACUCCCCCUUGGAGGGCUAUAGGUUCGGAAGUGACCCACAAGUCGUCCUUCACCAUUCAGGCUUCUUCUCAGCGCCAGCGGUUUUAUCGAAUCAACCUUUGAGAAAAGAGAUAAAGAGCAGUGCGAAAGGCAAGGAUGCAAGCAAGCGAACGCCUCCAAAGCCAUUCUCGAAGCUCUCCAAGGGACAGAGCACCCUGAGCAAGUACUUUGGAAAGAGAGCAGCAUCGCCUGUGUCUACACCACCAAAGAAAUUUCCUGCGACGACGCCAGAGGAGAGGCAGCCUACUCCCAAGAGCAAAGUGCGACCGCCCUCGCCGGAUGUAUAUGUCGUCUCCGAUGACGUUGACGACGAUGAUGACGACGAUUUUGAUGACGGUAUGAUGGAAGAGGACGAGGAAGAGGACAGAGACCAGAUUUCAUAUAUCGACAUUGACGAAGAUGAGGAGGAAUUGGCGGCGAGACAGCAGCGGCGGCCAAAGUCCUCAUCGAAAGCAAAGGCAGACGAUGCGACGACAAAGAAGAGGGCACAGAAGGACCUGAGUGGCAUAAAGAGGCCAAGGUUCGUCCCGUCAAUCUCUCAAGCCACGCAGAAAGAGAAGGAGGCAAAAGACAAGGAACAGCGAGGCAUGUUCCCUCCCAUCUCGGACCUGAAUGACAUCUUUGCCGACAUUGUCAAACGGACACCCGAGGUCGAGAACCUAGCAAAGACUCUCGAGGGUCGGCCACUUCGGGUUUCGACGAUGUGCAGUGGCACCGAAUCACCCUUGCUCGCACUGCGACUCAUGUCAAGGGCUAUCAAGGAACUUCACGGCAUCGCCAUUGAAGUCGAACACGUCUUCUCGUGCGAAAUUGAACCGUACAAGCAGGCCUACAUAGAACGCAACUUUGCCCCACCGAUCCUCUUUCGCGACGUCUGCGAGCUGGGCAACGACCGUGCCCACACUGCGUAUGGAGCCCUCGUCGACGUGCCCGGCAACGUGGAUCUCCUCGUCGCUGGCACGUCCUGCGUCGAUUUCUCGAAUCUCAACAACAAGAAAAAGGGCAUAGAGGAUGGCGGCGAGAGUGGCCGAACGUUCUUUGGAAUGCUUGACUGGGUGAAGCGCCAUCAACCCACCAUUGUCAUUCUUGAGAAUGUCAUGUCAGCGCCCUGGGAGGGCGUCAAGGACGAGUUCGUUUCCAUCGGCUACGACUCGGCCUACUCUACCCGAUUUGAUACAAGGAAUUACUACGUUCCGCACACCCGCCAGCGAGGCUACCUCAUUGCGACGAAGAAUCGCAAGGACUGGUAUGCCGACAACUGGGAAGCCUUAGCCAGAAGCCUGGCUCGGCCCGCAUCGUGUACUCUCGAGUCCUUCCUCCUGGCCGCCGACGAUCCCAGGAUUCAACGAGUGCGCAACCAAUUUGCGCUGGGCGAGGGGUUCGACAAGGGCCGCUCCGUCAUCGAUUGGUCAAAAUGCCAGGGCCGCCACGAGCGGGCGCGAGAAGAGGAGGAGCUCGGCAAGGCCAGACCCUUCACGGCGUGGGAAGAGGGCGGUACUUGCAAGCUGUCCCAUGGCGCCUGGAACGAGUGGGCGAUGCCGAUGCCGGAAAGAGUACUGGAUCUGCUCGACAUCACCGUGCUCCGAUUGGCAAAGCAGGGCAUCGACGCACACUACAAGAGUCGCAUCUGGGAGCUGAGCCAGAAUGUCGAUCGCAACAUUGCCAGCGCUCGGCCUGGAGUUUCAAAUUGCAUCACACCCACAGGCAUGCCCUACCUCACAGGCAGAGGUGGUCCCAUGGUCGGUCUUGAGGCGCUUUCGCUACAAGGAUUGCCCAUCGACGAGCUACUAUUGACGCGAGAGACCAACGACCAGCUGCAAAACCUGGCCGGAAAUGCAAUGAGCUCGACUGUCGUGGGAACCUGCAUCUUGGCUGCACUCGUCAUUGCCAGGCCCGAUCUUGCCAAGACGCGAGAGAACCAGCCUGCCAAGAUGGACAUCGAUCUUACCAAAGGAGACGGAGAUGCUUCAGUAAAACCCAAUGGCCUGCCUGGCACGCAAGUGGUGGGCCAUUUAGCGGAAGGGGAGCACGACAUCAUCUCUUGCCAAGCGGUCGAUAUGCCCAAACUGCUGAAAUGUGCGGCGGCCAGCUCCAUGCGUUGUGACUGCGAAGGGCGCAUGAUGACGACGAAGCUUGAUGUGUACCGGUGCAAGUCUUGCGACUUUACGACAUGCGCCAAUUGCAAGGGACGGCCCGAGCAUGACUACGAGCUCGAUGAGCGCGAAAGACUGGACCCGGACGGAUUUGCCAAGAUGGUCAAGGCGGCCCUUCCAAUGCGUUUCCUCCUGGGCGGCCUCACCACGACAGUCAUUGAAAAGCUCGCUGAAGGGGCAGAAAACAAAGACAAGAAAAUUUUGGGGCUGUGGGCGGCGCGUUUGGCAGAAGUGCUCUCCGACGGUGUCGAGCUUCGUUUCAACGAGCUUCUGCGGCAGAGGACAUGGCUGGCCUGCUACAGUGGUUAUGGCGUACGGUUGGAGCUGUGCCUUGAUCCGACGCAACCCCACUGGCGACUGUUCGUUGAAGCGGCACCGGAGGAAGCAGCGGGCAGCCCGCUUCGCAAGCUCCUCCUUAGGCCAGUGGCUCGUAUGAUGCUCGAUACCACAGCUCGCGACUCGAAGCUCCUCGACGCCCAGUGGGAAAUCUGCCUGCCGUCUCAAAAGUCGUUCAAAGCGGAAUUACAUCUCAAAGGCAAGCUUGUUCCCACAUGGGAAGCCUCACUGGGUCUGGAAGGAGACAUUGGCAAGACGAGGAGAUAUUCUGCGUUUGAUCUAGCCAUCCCGGAAGAGGUCAAAGAAAAACUCGAUACCGAUAUUUCGGGAGAGUAUCAGCUGCUAGCAAAGUGCGGCACAGCCAAUGGUGCUCUACACGUCCAACACGGCAGUGCGAAACAGGACGCCAGAAGACUCUUCUUCUUCCUGGACACGGACCGUUUCAAAGGGAAAGAGGCAGACCGAUUCGUCUUUUCGAGCGAGAUAGAGCGCUUGCCAUUUCCAAAAGAGCGCGUCGUCAUUGCACGUUGCGAGGACGGAUGGAAGCUUCCGAGGGCGCAAUUGUUUAAUGCCGACUACAAAAAGGAAGCUGAAUCGGCGGUCAAGGAGACAAGGAAGUCGAUCAACAUUUUCCUUGGUGGGCAGUGGGCACCGUGCGAUGCUCUCAAGGUCUCAAGACCCCGAGAACUCCGCGCGACGCUGGCUGUAGCUUCUUCCUCUAUGAGCUCGCUUCUUAGCUGCCGAGAAGCGAGCACCAUAGUUAGCAGCACCGCUUCAAUCCACGGGACUGCUCGCAGCCUUUGGCCACAUGCGGACGACCUCUGGCACGAAGUCGACCUCGAGCACCGAGCAAGCAUGACAUUCCGUGCCUUGGCCUGGCUAACAGAGAGGGUUGCAAUUCCUGCUGCCCUCUUAAGCUGGAUGUCCCUUGGCAUGCCUUCAGAUUGGGAAGAGGGGUGUAAGACGCCUUGUCAAGACUGUGCCCCUGCAACUCCCGACAUGCAGUGGCUCCAGCUACCGAAGAAACAGCCCAUCCCCAUGGAAAACGACCGUCAGGCCGGACCCUACGAGCAGGCGUUGAAGCGGCGGCCAGCGCCUUUUGUCGUCCAGCUCCGUGUGGACACAAAACAGAGCAACGAAGAUGGGGUGACGGGAAAGAUGCGGAUAGGCGUCAAUCCUUUGACGCUUGCACAUCGAGCCUUGGCGCGCUUGCCCCUGAACGAUUCCGUCAUUGGUUCACCAUCCCUCGGCUGGCGCUUGUCAAAGAUCGACAAGCAGCAGAACAUGUUCAACCUUCCCAAGUACACCCUUCGCAGUAAUCGAGGCGAUGCAGAGGCAGAUAAUCCUCGUUUCUUCAAGCUCGAGCUGAGGCCGGAGCAAAAGAGAUCAUUGACGUGGAUGCUCGCUCAGGAGAGCAGCGAAAUCGAGCCGUUCCAGGAAGAAGAGGUGGCGGAAGGCAUGCUGGAGCCCAUGGGCUGGCGCGUCGAGGGCAAAGCGAGUCGUCAGGUGCUGGUGAAGGGUGGCGUCCUCGCUGAUGCUGUGGGUUACGGGAAAACUGCCAUCACUCUGGGUCUUAUUGCUUCGACUCGAGAUCGGCCCCCGCCCGUCGACCCUACCGGCGGCUUCAUUGAGACAAAGGCAACCCUCAUCAUUGUUCCACCACACCUGUGUGGCCAGUGGCGGACUGAGAUCAUCAAAUUCUUAGGCAGCAAGCUUCGUGUCGAGGUCAUCCACUCCAAGGCCGAGCUCAACAAGAUAACAGUUGAAGAUUUGUGCGAUGCCCGCAUCGUCAUCAUGUCCAUCACCGUCUACAAAAGUGACGCCUACUUCGAAGCCCUUGCUCGGCUAUCGGCAGCCAAUCCGCUGCCGGCAAAGGAGGGGCGAUUCUUUGACUCGGCCCUGCAACUCUCGCUGGCAGGUCUGCGUAAUCGCGUCCGAGAGCUCAAGUCGGAGGGCUCCAAGAAGGUGUGGGAGUCCAUUUCCCAGCGUGUCGACUUUAACAGCGACCACGUUACGAGCAAUCAUGCCAGCAAGCGUGUCCGAGGGCAAGUCGAUGCUGACAGCAAGAGAGCCGAGGGCAGCAAGAAGAGGCAAGUCGACGAGAGCGAAGACGAGGAAAAUUUCAUCAUCCUCCAUGACGAAGUCGAGGAAAAGAAGACAAAGAGGCCGGCAAUUGGUGGUGGGAGCGACAUCUGGGGCCUCAAGUCCUUAGCAGUGCGCAAGGACUGGACCCAAAUGGCAUCGCCUCCCCUCGAGGCUUUUCACUGGGCAAGAUUGGUCGUCGAUGAGUUCCACUACAUUGCUGAGGAGGCCAACCGGGCCUUUUCGGCCAUUCGCGAACUCAAGUCUGAUUCUACAUGGAUCCUCUCGGGCACGCCCCCGACGGCGGACUUUGCCGAUGUGAAGGGCAUCGCGGCUUUUCUCAAGGUGCACUUGGGUGUUGAUGACGACGAGGACUCGACCAAGCAGUCGGUCCGAAGAGGCCGCGAAAAGGAACGGUCGAUGGUGGAGCGCUUCAGAAACUUCGUCGAAGUGCGCUCUCCAGCGUGGCAUCAUCGUCGCCAAGCUAUUGGCCAGAGCUUCUUGGACAAGUUCGUCCGUCAAAACGUGGCCGAGAUCGACGAGAUUCCCUUCAAGAUCUUGUUGCGGCCUGUCAGGAUGCCUGCAGCAGAAAGAGCCUGCUACCUAGAGCUGGCUCAUACCAUCGAGGCUCUUGACCUUCGAUUGGCACGGAGGAUCUUCAAGGCCCAAUCAAAGUCAGCCUCUGCCAAGAAGAAGGGUGCAGACGGUAUCAACGAUCGUGACGAGCGGCUUCGCAGGACACUGGGCGAGAGCUCUGGUCCUGAGGAAGCUUUGAGUCGUCAGGCGUCGCACUUUGUUCUGGAAAACGAAGAAUCGGAGGUCCACCGCGCCCCAGCACAAAAUGCCAUUGAGGCAUGCGAAUUCAUCGUUGGCGAGCGGACAAGGCAGCGCGACGAGGUGCUGGAGCAGCUAGAGCGGGAGCUCGAGGUGACAAAGCAGCAGCAUUUCAAAUUGCUCUUGGAGCGUAAUUAUCGAGACCCAGACAAUCAGGCGCCCGUCAAGUUUGUCAAGAAUGUCGAGUCGUACGCCUGGGGGGAUGAGGAUUGCCAACCGAAGCUCAUAAGCAUGCUCAAGCGCCUCGAAUUCACAAAGGAAGGCUUGUCCCUGAGGAGAGCCAGGGAGGUGGCGGGCAAGACUUUUAAGGCCAAGAAACCGGACAAGAACCUCGACUGGGAGGAAGAGGUCAAGGUUCGAAACAUGGCUCAUCUGCUUCAGCGACUGCGUAACGAGCUGUGGUCACGCGAGCAAUCUCUUCGCUACUUCACCAUGGUCCGCGAUGUCCAAAAGGCACGAUCGCUGUCGUCCAAAGUGCCCGACAGCAAGCUUGACUCGGGUAUCGUCUGUCCCGGCGACAAGUGCGAGCUUGGAGGCAGAACCAUGACGAUGGAACAGCUCUGUCUCAUGUCGGUGUGCGGACAUGGAGCAUGUCACAAGUGUAUGCUGACAAACGCGUACGUGGGCAAGUGCUGCACGCAGGGCUGCCAUGGUGCCAGCAAGCCCACUUCGAUCGUACGUGCUUCGACUCUGGGCGAUGACGAGGAGCAGACGACCUUCUACGGCAUGAAGCUCGCUCAGGUGGCGACACUCAUCAAGCGACAGAUACCGCAAGAAGACCGCGUACUACUCUUCGUCCAAUUCGAUGGCUUGCUGAAGAAAGUCGACGAGGCCCUGACACGGUACAAGAUCAAGCACAUUCAGAUGAAAGGUUCGGCUGUGCAGAGAUCCAACAUGCUUGAGCGCUUCCAGGGCGGCGACGAGCGGGUGCUGCUGCUCAACAUUGCCGACGAGAGCGCUGCCGGAUCAAAUCUGACGGUGGCGAACCACGUCAUCUUUCUGAGCCCGCUCGUGGCCGAGCACAACCAGCAGUACUUUGCCACGAUGGAGCAGGCAAAGGGGAGGGCCAUUCGAUUUGGUCAGACGAAAGAGGUGAAGGUUUGGAGGUUCUUUGUCCGAGAGACAAUCGACACUGCUAUCUUGGAGCAGCGAGAGGCCUUGAAAGCGGACGAGAUCGAGGGGGACAAAGUGGACCACGGGGAUGUCAUCGAUGUUUAGGUCCGGGCAAUCCUGAAUUGAUACUUUACUGUACUGUACAGGUGGGGGGACAAAAGUCGUGCGUGAGCGCGUUUUUCUCAUCUCAUCGCCCCGCCAAAACAUAGGAAAAAUCAAGAAUGCUGCCCCUCACGGACCCCAGUCAUGACUACCUUCUAAAAGCAAUCUAGAGCGGUUUUGAGAAACAAGAAACCUGCUUCAUGUGUAGGGCCAUCACAUAGCUAAGAGCCAAGCGUUUCUCACGGGUGGUGAUGGAGCUGACAGACCUCUUAGAGGUGCCCUCCCAAAAAAGGUCGAUUUUACUAGUAAAUUUCGACUUUUUUGAAAAUGGGCUUGCUUUUUCACCCUCUACUCAAUCAAUUGGCGUGACCACUCUUUGUGCUCUAGCUAUGUGGUAGCUGUACGCACAGAGCAGCUCUUCCAGGUUUCAAAUCACUUUUAACAGUAUUUCAAAGGGUAGUCAUGACUGAGGGCCGUGAGGACCAGCAAUUCCGC